UUUUUUUUUCCAUUCAAACACAUGCUGAGUUAACCAACCGGAGUUUCUCCAAUCUUUCUCUCUAACUUCCUUGAAGUUCCUUGUGAGACCCGCCAUGCAUAUUCACUUCCCCCAUUUACUUGCACUCUUCUAACUUACUUUCUGGGACGCCAACUUUGAUUUUUUCAAACUGCUUGUAGUAUAUAAGAGUAAGGAGCUAAUUGGGUGGUACGAGUGUUUGGUGGGUGUUUGAAUUCAAGCGUUAUUCAGUCUCCCUACAACCAGACUUUGGUCUAGAGAGGGGAGGGAAAACUGCUCAAGACCCUGGUUUCGGAUUUUGCAGGUUUGAUCAUUCUCGUUUCACAAAUUGAGAUUUGUUGCCGUUUGUUGCUGAAUGGGUCUCUCUCUUUCCUUACUCCUAUCUGCGUGGAAUGGGACCCUGAGGUACAUGUUUUCUGGUUUAACGGACACCACUGAGAGAGUCAUUGUGAGGUCCCCAAGCUUCAAGAAAGAAGAUUCAGAAAGGUCAAUGAGCUUCAAAAAUUGGGAAUCCAUGGAAUUAAACGUUGAAGCAUCUGAUUCAUCUCAGAAUGCAGUUCCUGGCAGUGAGAUUUCUGAUUCAAUCUCGUCAAUGGGUAAAAAUCAUGAAAGAAUGAAGAUAAAGAAGCCCACGCUUUUGCUUCCAGAACUAGUUAUAUUUUUUUCUCCAAAGCCGGUUAGUGAGCUUGAUGCUGCUGCAACUAAGCUUCAGAAAGUCUACAAGAGUUAUCGGACUAGACGGAACCUUGCAGAUUGUGCAGUUGUGGUGGAGGAACUCUGGUGGAAGGCCUUAGACUUUGCAGCUCUUAAACGGAGCUCUGUAUCUUUCUUCAACGUUGAGAAACCAGAAACUGCUGUGUCACGGUGGGCACGCGCCGGGACAAGACUUGCCAGGGUUGGAAAAGGUUUAUCUAAGGAUGAGAAGGCUCAGAAAUUAGCCCUCCAACACUGGCUUGAAGCUAUUGAUCCACGCCAUCGGUACGGACACAAUUUACACAUAUACUAUGAAAUCUGGUCUGAUAGCAAGAGCACGCAACCUUUCUUCUACUGGUUGGAUGUUGGUGAUGGCAAAGAGCUAAAUCUUAAAAGGUGCCCAAGGAUUGAUCUACAACGUCAAUGCAUUCAGUAUCUUGGACCAAAAGAGCGAGAAGCAUAUGAAGUGAUUGUAGAGAGUGGAAAGCUUCAAUACAGGCAAACUGGGAUGCUUCUUAACACAGUUGAGGGUUCUAAGUGGAUUUUUGUGCUCAGCACCUCCAGGGCUUUGUAUGUGGGGCAGAAGAAGAAAGGCGUUUUUCAGCACUCAAGUUUUCUUUCAGGAGGUGCUACAACAGCAGCAGGAAGAUUAGUUGCCCAUGAUGGGGUACUUGAGGCUAUAUGGCCAUAUAGUGGUCACUAUCUCCCAACUGCAGAAAACUUCAAGGAAUUCCUUGGUUUCCUUGAGGAGCACCAUGUAGACCUCACCAAUGUUAAGAGGUGUGCAAUAGAUGAUGACAAUCCUUCCUUUAAAUUUAGUGGAGAGGAUUCAAAGUCAGAUGAGGUCAAGGCUCCCCCAACAAGUGAUGUGAAUGAGGCAAUAAAGGAAACACCCAUCGCAACAAAUCAUGAGCUGGAGAGUAUGGAUUCCAAUGCAGCCAAAGCAGAAGCACCAUUAUUCAACAUGCCUAAGCGUUUGUCUUGCAAGUGGACUAGCCCAGUUGGUCCUCGUAUUGGAUGUGUGAGGGAGUACCCUAUUGAGCUACAAGCCCGAGCACUCGAGCAAGUCAAUCUAUCACCCAGGGUCACACCAGGCCGUGCUGGGAGCAGUGGCCCAAUCCCUUCACCGCGGCCCAGCCCGAAGAUCCGGGUCUCGCCUAGGCUCGCCUACAUGGGUUUCCCUAGCCCUAGGGUGCCCGUUAGUACUGCUGCUAAUUAAACUCCAGGCAUCCACCAAAAAAUGGAUUCGGAUUCAACAACUCCAGGCAUCCACCAAAAAAUGGAUUCGGAUUCAAUAUCUUUGGCAGUUUGGGGGGCACUUCUUGUGCUUUCAAUAAGAGUUCUCAUAGUAAAAGAAAGGCCUUCAUCAAAGAAGCUGAUCAAGGGCUGAACAAAAAUAAUUUAUUAAUUCUUUCAUUUUUUUUUUAACCUGAUUUUGUCUGUAAUAUAAGCCAACUAAUAUGAUCCAAUUCUCUCCUGAUGGGAAUCAUGGAUCCGUUCUUUUCCCCAAGUUGUAAACAUAUAAUAUAUAUGCAGCAAUAAUCAAAUGCAGUAUCUUCCCCUUUUC